CGACGCCCGUCAUUAUUAUCACUAUUCUCGUCUACGCGCAUGACGAAAACGAUUUCUUUGUCUGCGUCUCCGCCACAUUUGCCGAAUCGCGUCGCUCCGCGGUCAUCAUUGUUCCCUGGCUCGCGCUUUGUCCGCCGCAGACGCCGAAAUUGCUGUUCACCGCCGUGUUACGCCGUUCGUCGAACAACAGUAAUUGUCGACUCGACAUUUUUGAUUGUUAAAACAUUGUGACCGUUGACGCUCGGCCGUUCAGUCUGUUGUUCGAAAGCCACUUCGGCGGCCCGCGCGACUUUGUAACGGUUUUGACGACCAACGUGUUUUUCUCACUCCCCGCCCGCCGUUCCGACCGAUCGUCUAGACUUGCAUAGACGACACAAGAGACCGGCGAAUGGCGUCGGACGCUUCGAAGAUGGCUUCAAACUUCGGAAAAGUCACGUCAAACCAUCAAGAUGUAUGUGUUAAAACUGAAAAGGAUGAUGCUGAAAUCAAUGCGAUGGCUCUUAAAUUGAAAGAGAUUUAUAGAAAAAAUGCUUUAGCCGCAGCAAGACAAAUGAGUGCUUCUCCGGCUAAGGUUUAUAUUAACAAAGCCAAUAGAACAGUAUCUUUGAUUAUUACUUCAGCAAUCACAAAUAAUAAUAAUACACAAAAAAAUAAUGAAGAAGAAUUACUUGAACAUUGUGAAGAUAUAGAAAGUAGAAAAUUUAGAUUUUCUUGGAAAUUAAUCGCAGGAUUCCAUGUACCUUACAUCAUACGCUUAAUUAAUGGUGAGUAUUCAAAGUUUGUAUCCACACGGAUGGCUGAAACUCACCUACUUAGCAAUUAUUUACAUCAUUUACAUUCAGAUAUUUAUAAAUCAUGCACAUCAGUAAAUUGUAAUUUUAUCACUGAUUCAGAGGCAAAGCUAUUAAAUGACAUCAACUAUAACCAUGCUAAUUGUGUGUAUGGAAAAGAAAUAUUCUUGGCAGGGAAAGAUUUUAUUGCCCCUUUAGAAGAUGUUCAUGAAUUUUAUACAUUCAUAGAAGUAUGUUAUAAAAAAUUACUGUGUAAUAUUACUCCAGAUCACAACGAAGUAUGCGGUUUCAUACGUAUUAACUCUGAGUCCGUUGUACCAUAUUGUAUUAAAGACGGCCAAAAAUAUGUUCCACUAUUCUACUUUGAAGGAGAAACAGAAAAUCUCGUAAAUCGAGCUAUAAAAUUAGAAAGUUGGAACUUGUCCUAUCUCAAGUUCUGUUGUAAAGUUCAGGGUAUCAGAAAUGAGUUGUUUGCUAGUGACUCUUGCAAAGUGGCCCGUCUUGAUGAUAUUAAGAAAUAUUUUCCACCAGAUACAAAUUUUGAGGAAUAUUGGCCAGCUAAGGUGGUUGAUACAUAUCUCCUAACUAAUCAGAAGUCUACUCAUGUCAGUCCAUCCGGUGCCUGGAUCAGAGCACCCCCUGAAGUAGUACCUCCUAAAAAUACUAUUUCUCACACUUUACCAACACCAGUUAUACCGCAGAGUACGCCAGUGGUUAUGAAUACUUAUCAAAACGGAUGGCCACCAAAUCAAAUGGUUAAUUCAUAUAGCAUGAGUGCCCAACCAACAUCAACAACUCGUGCCUACUCUAUGGUGACUGGAAAUCAAAAUAUGGCUGCCCACUGCUAUAAUGCGUUUUCAAUGGAUUCACGGGGUUCAACAAUGUCUCAAAGCAACAUUUCACUAAAUGGCAUGGGGCAUGUACUACCACCGCCUCUAUCUCAUGCAAGCAGUACGACACCAGUAAUUGGCCAAUAUAUGACAACUAUAUACAAUCCAAUGACCAAUAGCAAUGUGAUGUCAUACUCAAAUCAAAUUCGACAAGUAUAUAGUCAACGUGCUAUUAAUAAUAGCCAAGCCCAACAACAGUUGCAGCAACAACAACAGAUAAUUACUACUCCUCAAACUCAACAGUCAUACAGUGGUCAACUUGUGUAUGGUCGUUUCACCAAUACUCAACAGCGCAAUGCCUUGAAAAAUGUUGGGCCCAUCAUGACUACUGAAAUAAUUGAUUUAUCAACUCCACCGUCAAGCCCCACUCCUUCACCUGAACCAGAGACUUCUGUCCGCCCUAAUGUUGGAUGGGAAUUGACAAGAAUACCUGAACGUAUAUUUCUACAGGGCUCAUCAACUAGUGCUGCAUACAAGAUCCAAAAAACGACACUUCAAGGGCAAACAAUCCACUGCAUAAAUGCCAAACCAUACAUAUAUUCAGAUUUGAUGGUAACCUUAGAUGACCUAGUCCAGAUGAUGUUACCUUCGUGCACUAUUGAGAGAUGCGCUCAUAUUUUGAUCAAAUACUUAAAAACAACACUAUUCAGUGGCAAUUCUGAACAGUUGGCUGUAUUGCAAGAUAACGGACGCCUCAGGUCGCUGUAUCCUGAAGACACACCAAUGGCCAUGCUGCAAGACAUUGUGAAAGUGUUUUUGCAGUUAAGGACAUUGGUGUCCAAGUCAGACGAUGAAUUACAGCAGUUAUAUCAAUAUGCUGGUGUGCCGUCAAAGAGACAACGCAUCAGCUAAGGAUGGGCCGGUCACGGCAAAAGCCGACCCGACUGGCUGAAGCCGGUGGUCGGCAGCAGUAGCAGUGGUGGUGCCACUUCCAGCUCCCACAGUCACCAUUGGUUAGUAGACACCGACAGCACACUGAUGCCUACUAACUACCAGAGCUGAAGUACCUGACCAUCCCCCCUGCUCUAUAUCUACAGAACAACUACCACAGCAUAGGUAAUAUAUGACAUAUACACUGGUCGUCGGUGCCCAUUUCCUCUUAAAUUUAAUACCUUUUCUCUAUUGUUAUUUUUAUUAUUUACUGAAUUCCUAUACAAUUGAGAUUAUUUCAAUCAUUUAGGAGAUUCUUUUACGGUGAUUUUUUCCUAUAAAUAAUAUGUUUACAUUGAAUAUAGUAUA